AUGCAGCCGCGAGUCGCCGCUCCGGCCGGGCGCGGGGGCGGUGGUGGCGGCUGUUGGGACGAUGCGGCGGCUGCCCCAGAGCCGGGGCGGGCACGCCAGGCACGGGCCCCGCAGCGGGGGUGCGGGGGGGGGCAGAGGCGCCGCGGCGGGGCGGGCGGGCAGCGGCGGGGCCCUGCGGCCGGCGGGGCUCGACAGGGCGCUCAGGAAGUCGCGUCAGGGGCGGGGGGCAGCGGCGGGGCCCGCGGUGCGGGGCUGCGCGGCCGGGAGCGGAGCGGAGCGGAGCGGAGCGGAGCGGGGGCGGCGCUGGGCGGGCGGAGCGGGGCGGUGCUGCCCCCGGCGGCGGGGCGGGGCAGCGCAGCGGCUGCCGCGUGGCGGGAGGGGCGGUGCGGCCCCGGCGGGCGCGGGGGGACGCGGGGCGGAGCGGCGGAGCGGCGGAGCAGGGUGCGGGGGCUGCGGGGGGCAGCGCGGGCAGGGCGCGGGGAGCCCCGGGGUACCCUCCGUGGCCCCCUCCGUGGCCCCCUCCGUGGCCCCCUCCGUGGCCCCCUCCGUGGCCCCCUCCGUGGCCCUGUGCCCGCGGUCGGCGCCCGCCCCCCCCGCGGCGGAGGGGCCGGGGAGGCGCGGGGCGGCCCCUUGGCAGCCGCGGUGCCCGGGGCGCUGCGCACCCGCACCGCGCUCAGCGCCGCGGUUUUAUUUAUAGCAGGGCUGGAGAGCGGCGGCGCUGGAGCCCGGAGCGCUGUGGAGCCCCGCUGA